UACAAACCAUCUAUUUUCUCUUUUAAAUUAUGAACUGGAUGGCAAGGACAUUGAUGAUUUCCUAUUUGUUACAGCCCAUGUAAAGUACACUUCGGGACCCUAUGAAAGAAGUGCGACUUCUUUCAAUUUCUUUUUUUAUAAUAUCUUUGCACUCUGGGGCAACCCUAUAUGUCUGUUGUGUGUGGCAUAUGCAUACUCUCUGUGGGCAUUUUACUAAGUGAUGGUCAUUAUAAUAGGAAUUACUAUUACAGCCUCAUUCCUUCUGUUUCCUUUUAUUAAGCCCACCGCUUCUACCAACUAGCCGAAGAAGCUGAUCACAUGGAAAAUAUUUUAUAUAGUCUUUAAAGAACCGGUUUCAGUUAAUCAUAUAGUACAACACAAUUAUGGAAUCUGAGUAUUGGAAAGCGAUCUCCUGUGCCUACCCUGGAAAAAUAUCUUAAAUAAAAGUGAGGAAGUCCUCAACAAGGCAUCAACAACUAACAUAGGUUACAGCCACUAAAAUCAGUUCUUUUAUAUCUGGUUUAAACCCUUAUUACUGCAGUAGAAUUCUAUGACAUGUCUCCUGUGGAAGGACUAUUUAACAUUGUUGUGAGUGGUGUAGGACAUCAGUAGAAAAAGCAGCUUUGUUUUCUUCAGAUAUUUUCAUAACCACCUAUAUUCUUUGAAAAAUAUAUUUUUACUUCUCCUGAAAUUUUUAAUAUAAAAAGUUAUCAUGAAAGGAAAUGAAGUGAAUGAUAUCAGAAUUCAUUAAAGUCAAUCUUGGGAACGAUUUGCCUCGAAGGAUAAAGAGGGAAACAAACGUUCCCAGCCAAGUCAAAACACAGACUAUGAGAUUUUACUUGCCACUGCCCAUCAAAAGUGACUAUAAUUUGGGUGAGUGAAAAAAUUAAACACUUGGCUCCCAAAGAGAUGCUCCUGAAUUCAAAUACAAUACAUGAUCUGGUGCCUGGCUACAUCCACAAUCUUUACAGCACUUCUUUACCGAGAAGAAUUUAGAUUAUACUGAUUCUGAGCUGGAAGUCCUGAGCUGGAAACUCCUUUGCUACUAAGGAAACUUUCCUGAGAAAUAGCCUUCUUGCUUCUAUAUACCUGAAGACAGCACAUUAGAAGAUGAGUGACCAAAAGAAAUAUGGAAGUCAGAAAGCUGCACACCAUUCAGGCAAAAUCUGGUUGGAGAGGAAAGCUGUUCCCAUGAUUAGUGAGCUUCCCCAGCUAGCCUGUAGGUGGGUGUGUUUAACAGAAGGAAGCAAUGGGAACCCGCCUGUCAGCCAGCCUUUUGAGCUAAUUAGCUCAGCAUACAACAAAGAUAAGUGAGCCUGGGAGGAGGGCCCCCUGAGGGGUCUUUAGAUUCUGGGAAAUGUCUGAUUGGCAGAUGUUAAAAGAGAUUCUUUGAUAAUCCUGUGCAUCAAUGAGCUGCACAAAUUCAGACCAGGACUGCAAGAAUUCAGGCAUGAGGACACUGUGCAGCAGGCUCGCACAGGCGGACCCAAGAUGGACAGAACCUUGGAAUCCUUGAGACACAUCAUUGCCCAAGUCUUGCCUCACAGAGACCCGGCUCUAGUCUUCAAAGACUUGAAUGUUGUGUCAAUGUUACAGGAAUUUUGGGAAAGCAAACAGCAACAGAGGGCUGUGUUCCCAAGUGAAGGUGUGGUGGUCUACGAGUCGCUGCCAUCUCCUGGACCACCCUUUGUGAGUUAUGUGACCCUCCCAGGGGGAAGCUGUUUUGGCAACUUCCAGUGCUGCUUAAGCAGAGCUGAGGCCAGACGCGAUGCAGCUAAAGUGGCCCUAAUCAACUCCCUCUUCAAUGAGCUGCCCUCUCGCAGGAUCACCAAGGAAUUCAUUAUGGAGAGUGUGCAGGAAGCAGUUGCCUCCACUAGUGGCACUUUGGAUGACGCGGACGACCCCAGCACCAGCAUUGGAGCCUACCACUACAUGUUGGAGUCAAACAUGGGGAAGACCAUGCUGGAAUUUCAGGAGCUUAUGACCAUUUUCCAACUAUUGCACUGGAAUGGAAGCCUAAAAGCCCUUCGUGAAACAAAGUGUUCCCGACAGGAAGUCAUCUCCUACUAUUCCCAGUAUUCCCUAGAUGAAAAGAUGCGCAGCCACAUGGCCCUGGACUGGAUCAUGAAGGAGCGGGAGUCACCAGGAAUUCUCUCCCAAGAGCUACGCAUGGCCCUGAGGGAGCUGGAGGAAGCCAGGAAAGCAGGACAAGAACUACGUUUUUACAAAGAAAAGAAAGAAAUCCUGAGUUUAGCCCUGACUCAGAUCUACAGUGAUCCUGACACUUCCUCACCCAGUGAUGAUCAGUUGAGCCUCACGGCCCUUUGCAGCUAUCACUAACAAGGCCAGGUCCCAGCUGCCCCCAAGGCGGGCAGAGGCCGGACUGUAACAUUAGGAAGCUCAUUGAAGGAGGUCAUCAGAGGCUUUAGCAGCUAUAGACGCUGCCUGAAGGCUGUACUAAUUCUCCCCACCCAUUCCAUUCAUAGCAUCUCAGAGUGGCAGGACCCUUACAGGACCCAACAUGUCACUCAAUGCAAUUUUCCCAUCACAUUCUAAAUAGUUCCACCUCAGACUGAAAGGAUGGAGACAGGAUUGCUUGAAAAAUAUUUUCCAGGCCUGGCUUCAACCUGAAGCCUUGUUGACAUGUGCCUUGCUAGAUUAUAUAUGUUGUUUAAAAGAAUGGGUCAAUGUAGCAUCCCCGAAAAGAACACCAGCCAGGACUGGGGAAAGUAGCAUGAUAGCAAUUAAAAAAUACUUGGGAUUAAAUAAACAAUAUGGAUUCUUUUAAAAAAUAUCCAGGGGUCAGAGUUUCUUCCUAAGCUUUGUAAGCUACAAGAUCACUUACACUCUACUAGGUGUAAUCCAAAACUUCAGUGAGGAUUUUAUCUGGACAUCCCACUAUCAAAGAUUUUGAAGUGGUAAUAGUAUGAAAAUACUAUAUAAAUGUAAUGUGGCUUAAAAUGUCAUAGUAAUAAAAAUUUUUUUCAAUCCACUCUUCCGUAUGGGGAUAAGUGUCACCCAGGAUAGUACCCUCACUUGUAUUCCUCAAGAAGAAUUAAUGUCCAGUUUUUAUGAGUCCUGCAAUCAGUCAUAUGCAUUUUUAAUCUGCAAAUAGAUGAAUUGAUUUAUUUUUAUUUCUGCCACCUCAGUCAUAUAUCUAUAAUGGAGAAAGUUACUGGCAUUUCAAAGGUUAAAACAUUUUGAAAAAUCAUUAGCAUUUAACAAUGCUUAUAUUCACAUUUGAUUUAUUUCUCAUGCAUUGGAGAAAAGGAAUUAUUAGCUGUCUUUGUUAUUGUUCAAGAACUUAACCACCAGUAGCUCAAACGUAGUGUCAUUUUUCAGUUUAAAUGACUGGAAUCUUCUUUAAAGAAGGGAUAAAACAUUGCCAUCUCUUUUUCAAAAUGGCUCGGAUCAAUCAACAGAUUAGAAAACCAAAAGCAAAUACAAACCAAUUUUUAGAUGGUUCCUGGUCACUCAGAUUUAAGAAUGGCAGCAGUGUCAAUUUUAAACACAAGUAUUUCCCUAUUUUUAACAUGGAAAGGAUUAUCUUGCAUUUACUACAAUAAUUCAAAUUUAAGAAAACAGUUUUCUCAAUUUUGAAUAAGGUUUCCUUUUCUUCUUGUUUACGCAAAUGCACAUUGUUUCAUGAAAGCUAAAACCAUUAUAAUUACAUUAAAGUUUACAAAAAUGUGAGUUUAGCUUCAUAUCUAAAUAUCUACAGUGCUAAUUGUCACUCCUUGAAUCCCCAUAAAACUGUAUACUGAGUACUAUAUACUGAGCAUAUAUUUUGGAAUUAGCCUUGUUAAUAAAAAAUUAACUUCAUACAUCAUAUUUUUCACAUCAGGGAAAAUUUAGCUACAUAUCUGCCCUACUCAAAUGUCUUGAAACAGUAAUGCUAUAUAAUAUUAGAUAAAUUUUAUUUAAAAUAUUGUUUUAACAAAAAAAUCACAUUUCUCCCCGUAAUGAGGCUAA